AUGAAUAUACCUAUGCAACCGCCGAUCCGAUAUCCAUUUUACAUGCAAAGACCUCGUAUGCCAUUGGCAAAUACCUGGUCUACAGUUCCAUUCCGUUUGUCUGCUCAUCCUCAAUAUCAAAUGCGUUCAGCCUAUCCAGUAACUCGUCCGAUCACAUCGUAUGCCCUUUCUCAACCAAAGAAAUCCCUGAUAAAAUCGAUGGGUCCACCAUCACCAUACACGAACACACGUUAUCAGCAUUUGAAAAAAUCGACACAUCAUUCAAAUCGACGUGCUCUACAACAAUCAUAUGAUGAUCGUCAACAUCAUCAUAAUGAAAUCACUUACACCCGACCUUAUCGUUCAUCCAGAACAAAAUCUAUUUCCGAACUCGAACCAGCCACUGAACUGCCUUCAGUAGCUUUGUCAAAAGCACAUUCAUGGCAUGCGAUGAUGAACCAUCGUCGGGCAAAUCUAAGUGUGGCCUAUGCACAUGAAUUACAUUUAUCACCAAAGCGACAACGAAAACAAUCUUUACACAAAAGAAGACGAGUUCCUCCACCAAGACCUCUCUCAUCGUCAUCAUCGUUAUCACCAAAACGAAGACCAUCGUUUAAUUAUAGACGAAAACGACCGAUCGAACUACCUGAAUGUGGUCCUAUUCGUAUUUCGACGCUGGAUGAAAUGCCAGUUAGUAAUCCGCCUAUACAAAAGAAAACUCGUAGCAUCAGUCAUGAUCGAUUGUCAAUGAAGGGAAGUAUAUCAGCAUCGAGUACACAUCGUACAAAAACCAAAGGAACGAAUUCAGUGAAGAAUCGAAAAAGCUACACGAAAGACAAUGAUGACGCUGGAACCAGUACAGAUACUACUCAAUCAUCAAUAUCCAUUCGUAGUCGUUCAUCGUUACAGCAGCGUAUCAACGGUGCAUUACGUAACGAUCCAUUGAUCAGUGCUGCGAUGGAAGAAUUGCGUCAUUAUCGUCGAUCAUCGAGCCAAAAUCUUUCCACAAUUUCACCAUCUCUUGAUCGCCAUCGUAAUAGUCAACAGUCCAUUUCAGCACUAUCGUCUACAUCUACACUGUCGAGCCAUAGUCAAUCGAGUUUUACAUCAGUCGAACGUUCGGAAAUCCGUCAAUUUCUGAAAACAAUUAAAUCAAAAGAGACAACAAACUUACCAGAUACUUCUCGUCAGACAUCAGCAUCUGAUCAAUCCAUUAUAUUGAAUACUCCAUCGUCAAUAUCGAUAGCUAAGCAAAAGAAAUCCUGUAUUGCCGAAGAAUUAGAUCGCGAAUUCAAUAAACUACGCGCAUUAAAUCCAACUCGAGAAAUAAGCUAUGUUAUACCAUCGAAGAUUUGUAAACAAAGAAAAACAUUACAAAAACCACCAUCAAAUAUUCCGCCGCUGCCAACCUUCGAUGAACUUCUGCGACAAGUUCAACUGCGUCCUAUUGAUCAAUCUACACGAUCUGCAUCACCGAUCAAAGAGACCCAACCUACAGAAGAAAUCUAUGAAAAUCCACUAUCACCAAUUCCAGUUCCACGAUGCAGUCCAAUUCCUACUCCAUCGUACAGUCCUCUACCAAUUAUUGAAGUGCCGAUUGAAGAGAUAAAACAUGAAUAUGCAUUGCCUAAAAAGAAAACCGGAGAAAGAACUUUACUUCAAGUUUCACACUUUCAACCUGUUCGUAAUCACAAUUUUUCUAAACUACCUGAACCUACCUAUUUCGAGAAACGAUUGUCCCGUCCAUUGUCUAUGUUCAAUUGGUUACAUCCAACUCCACCAACUCCAACAUUUGCAACAUUUCAGCCAAAUCGAACGUUUCCAGUUCAACAUGAACAUCCUCCAACUGUGGUCAAAGAAAAUAUCUACACAUCAGAUAUUGAUGUCUACGUGCCAAUAUCAACUGUCGAUCGAAUGGAUAAUAAUUCGCUUCAGAUGCAUUUGGACAAUCAAACCAUUCGAACAGACGACUUCUACACAGAUUUCGAUAUGAAAGCACCCGCACAUUCAUCAUCGAUUCUAAAUGAUUUCUCGCAUAUUUUCACACGGAAACAUAAACAUCAACAUGCUAUAUCGAAAAAACAGCAACGUUGUUCUAUUAUGUAG